CACGCGGGGCACGGGGCGCCUGCGCCGGUCCGUGCGCGUCUUUUCCUCUCAUGCGCGGUAUUUCCUUCCCCAGCAGGGCUCGGGGCCCGGCCUAGCGGCGGCGGCGCCCGCCGGCCGGGGCGCAGGGAAGGGCAGCGGCGUUCCCCCCCCGACCCCGUCCCUGCCCGCGGCUCCUCCCUGCCCGCCCGCCGACACCCGCGCCGGAGGAUGGCCGAGGACUCGCCAAAACGGCGCAAGGCGAAUUUCAACGAGGCGGAGACGGAGGUGCUGAUCGAGCAGGUGCUGAAGCACGAGCAGCUGCUGUUCGCGGCGGGACCCGGCCGCGCCUCCGCGGGCCAGAAGCGGAAGGUGUGGGAGCUGAUCCGGCACAAGGUGAACCCGGUGGCCGCCUGCCCCCGCGACGUGGAGGACCUGAAGAAGCGCUGGCGGGACUUGAAGCGCCGCGACCGCAGCAAGCUGUGCCGCCUCUCGCAGGGCUGCGGGCCGCCGGCGCCCCCCGCCCUCGGCCUCCUCCUGCCCCCCGAGGAGCUGCCGCCCGCCGCCGCGCCGCCCGCCCGCCGCCAGCGCCGCGCCUACGGCUCCCUGCUGCCCGCCGAGGCCGUGCCCAUCGUGGGCGGCAUCGACACGCUGGAGCUGCCCGGCGCCGUCGUGGGGGACAUGGGGUUUAAUGGCAGUCCUGGCCCAUCUCAUCAAUCCAGUCUUGAGCAGAUGAACCUCAAAGAAGAAAUAGUAGUGAAGGUAGUAGAGCCAGAAGAAAGCUCUGAGGACAUGGUAGUGGUUCCACCUAGUCGAGAACAACUGCCUUUUCUGGGGACAUCAGGUGGUGGUUCCUCUGGGAAAGUAAAAGCCAAAACAAAAGGCAGGUCCCAGGCAGACCAAAAUGAAAUGACUGAAGAGGACCUCCUGCAGAUUCAGCAGACCCAAAUACAGGUGAUCCAGUCUGGCUUUGACAGUGUAAACCACAAUCUUCGGCUGCUGCAGCAAGGCAUGCAAGAUCUGAGUAACAGCAUCAGCAUCAUGGCACACACGCUUGUUGCUAUCAAGAACGUCUAUGUGAAAAACAACACUGGCCCAACCACCCAUGCUGCUGCAUCCACUCAGACCACAGCUGGGUACCUGAGCCCAGGAUCCCCCCAGCUCUCCCCUGCUAAGGACAGAGCUAGAGCACAGGUGGCUGGAAGCAGCAGCAGAAGCAGCAGCUGCAGCUCCAGCUCCAUGUCACAAGAACCAGGUCCUUCCGAGUUUCCUAGGCGCCCCCUGAGAACCAUUAAGAAAGAACAUCCAAAUGGCUGCUACUACUUCUGCUUUGCAGAUGUGUAAAAACUUGAAUAUAUGUAAAAUGACUGUAUUGUUGGGUGCUGAUGUCUGUUCUGCUCCAGCCUGUAACUUCGACUGAGCGAAGCUGGACUUGCCUCCCAUGUUGUUCCCAGUGGGAAACGUUUUGCUAUAGGUGGCAUUAAACACUAAUUACCAGUCUCCAGUUAACUCUGUUGCAGUUGGCUAAUAAGUUUCUUCUCUUUUCUUUAUCCUCUUAUUCUCUUGAAAAAAGAAACAUUUAUUUUGACUAAGACUUUUGUCUGUAUCAUCCUUUGUUUAAUGUCACCUUGUGAAAAAUAAAAGGCAUGAGAGUGGGGUAAAAAAGUAGCAUUAUGAGUAACAUUAUGGUUACUACCACCUGGAGCUAUCUUUACACAAGUGUCUUGGUUCUUGGAUUAAACAAACCUCAGAAGUAGCUGGUUUUUUUAAGUACUUCCCUUUUCUAAUAGUUAUGAUGUUGGGGGGUGUUUUCUAGGUUUUUGUUGUUUUUUUAAAGUCUGAGCUGUGCAAGGCAUCACAGGAGGAGUUUGAGAUACUUGUGUAUUCUAGGAAUGGUUUAGGACUGAGGCAUUCACGAGUGUCCUUCUCAGAACUCAUACAGCAUUGUUCCACUUGCUGCUCAUCCCCGGCUUGUCAAAUGCAUCUUCUCUUCAGAGACAUUGUGUUUUACUGCACUAGCAGGGUAGUCUCUUUUUUUGUCACAUGGUUAAAGUGGAGAAAUACAGAGAAAUGAGUAAUGCCUGUUUCUGACAUAUAGGUUAUAUGCAGGCUGCAUCUUAAUCUGAUUUUUGUAAGCCUUACGGAAUUGAUACUACAGUAUUUGAAAUACAGAGAACAAAACUCUUUGUAUUGUUUUACAUGAAAUGGAAGUCAGAUUUGCCAUUAAAUUACAGGAGGCAGGGGCUCACUUCAUUCCAGACAAACGCUCCUGCAUAGUUUAGGAAGCUUUCAGUAUCAUUUCCUUUUUCAUAACUAUAUAGCCAAGGGAAAAGAGAGAUGAGGAAGAGCUGGAGCAAAAUGUAAUCUGGUGUCAACUCUGAAACAAGCAAAAACCAUUUUAUCUUCCUGCCAAAAAGAAAAAUCACCAUUUUGCAUUUAGAUAGGGAAAAACUAUUGUCAUAGGCACUAUUUUGUAUUUCAGGCUUAUGUAUUAGAGCCACUCUACUUUGCACAGUUCAGAAGUAGCAGAGGUACAAUGUUCUUAUAUCUGGCAUCUGUACUGGAAGGCAAACCAAAACACACCUGAAAUUUUGUCCAAUGACUUGAAAAAUCAUACAAAUUCUCUUCUUAAGCAUUUAUCACCAAUAUUUAAAAAAAGUUCUACAGAUAAAAUCUGGCCUAUAACAGUGACUAGCUGCCUCUAGUGUUACAGUCAGUUUGCAUAAGCACUCCUGCUGCAGGAAUUUAGCAAAUACAAAUAACAUAGAGAAUCACAAUCAAAUCACCCCUCUCCUAGAAGCAUAAGAAUAUGUAAUCAUGGCAUAAGGUAUGCCACUUUAGCAAUCAGCUUUGCCUGAACACCCCUGUAUGAAAAUGUACUUCAUUUGU